AUGGCGCUCCUGCAGAUCUUUAACAUGGAGGAAGGAGACGCCUUGUCGAGCUUGAAGGCUCUUCGUGAUGCAGGCAGGUUUGUGGGAAAGGAGGACACGCCAGCCUCCGGCUCCAGCCAGGUGAACCAUGUGGCCCAAGCAAGCUUUCAAGUGGACGCUUUCGGCAGAAAAUUCAUCUUGGAUGUGGAAUUGAACCACGAUCUGCUGUCUUCAGGGUACGUGGAGAGGCAUUUGUCAGAAAAAGGGAAGACUGUCAUCACCAAUGGAGGAGAACACUGCUACUAUCAGGGGAAGGUCAGAGACAUUCCUCACUCCUUUGUGGCUGUCUCAACCUGUCACGGUUUGCAUGGGAUGUUUUUUGACGGCAAUCACACCUACAUGAUCGAACCUGGAGGACAGGGAAGCAGCAAUGGAGAUGUCCGCAUUCACAUGAUAUAUAAAUCUGCAGGGCAUGAAGGAUUUAAUGAUCUCUUCAAUGGUGAUUUUCCAGAGCCGCCUUUUCCCAGCCCCCCAUUUCCCGGGUCAAAAGUUGUUCACAGGAGAAAAAAGAGACAGGCUCCAAGUGUGUCUCACAGUGUAGAAGAUGAGACCAAAUACGUUGAGUUGAUGGUGAUCAAUGACCAUUUAAUGUACAAGAAGCAUCGGCUUUCUGUUGGGCACACGAAUAACUAUGCUAAGUCAGUGGUCAAUAUGGCUGACAUGAUUUUCAAGGAACAGCUCAAUACCCGGAUUGUGCUGGUUGCCAUGGAAACGUGGUCAGCUGACAAUAAAUUCAACAUCGACGACAACUCGACGGUGACGCUGAAGGAGUUUAUGAAGUAUCGAAAAGACUUCAUCAAGGAGAAAUGCGACUCUGUUCACCUCUUCUCAGGGAAUCGUUUCCAUAGCAACUGGGGGGGAGCUUCCUACAUGGGAGGCGUUUGCUCCCUCACUAAAGGAGGGGGGGUCAAUGAGUAUGGGAAAGCAGAUGAGAUGGCCAUAACCCUCGCCCAGUCUCUUGGACAGAACAUCGGCAUCUUCUCUGACAAGAAGAGGAUCCUCAAUGGAGAGUGCAAGUGUGAGGAUCGUUGGACGGGCUGUAUCAUGGAUGAUGUUGGAUUCUACCUGCCCAAGAGGUUCUCCGACUGCAACGUAGAGGAGUACUAUAACUUUCUGAACAGCGGUGGAGGAGCCUGCCUGUUCAACAAACCUCUGAAGCUACUGGACCCUCCUAUUUGUGGAAAUGGCUUUGUGGAGCCGGGAGAGGAGUGUGACUGUGGCAGCCCGGCGGAGUGUGCCAUAGAGGGGGAGGCCUGCUGUGACAAGUGCACCCUGACCCAAGGCUCCAAGUGCAGCAACGGACUCUGCUGCAACAGCUGCCAGAUGGAGUUCGCGGGAGUCGUGUGCAGAGAUGCAGUGAACGACUGUGACAUCUCAGAACACUGCACAGGCAACUCCAGCCAGUGUCCAGCUAAUGUGCACAAGAUGGAUGGCUACACGUGUGAAAAGGACCAGGGUCGCUGCUUCAAUGGAAGAUGCAAAACCAAAGACAGACAGUGCAAGUACAUCUGGGGAGAGAAGGCAACAGCGGCCGAUAAGUUCUGUUACGAGAAGCUGAACAUCGAGGGGACAGAGAAGGGAAACUGUGGGAAGGACAAGGACACCUGGAUCCAGUGUAACAAACAGGAUGUUCAUUGUGGGUAUCUGCUGUGCUCCAACAUCUCCCCCUCCCCGCGACUUGGAGAGAUGCAGGGAGGACUCACCUCCUUCUCAGUGGCCCGGCACAGUGCUUCUUUGAACUGCAGCGGGGCUCACGUGGUGAUCGACGGAGACACUGACCUAGGAUACGUCGAGGACGGGACGGCCUGUGGGACCGACCGCAUCUGCUUCAAUCACAAAUGUAUCCAGAUCCAACAGUUCAACUUCAGCACCUGUCCCGGGUCCACUGACAAGAUGGUCUGCUCCGGACACGGGGUGUGCAGCAGUGAGCUGAAGUGUGUGUGUAACCUGGGCUGGGCGGGGGAGGACUGUAACUCCACGUCUCCUCUCAGCUAUCCCGUGGCUUCAGAGGCCGCCUCAGAUUCCGGUUACACCAGUGCCAACAUCAUCAUCGGGGCCAUCGCAGGCUCCAUCCUCUUCCUCGCCCUCAUCCUGGCUGCUACAGCCUGGGGUUACAAGAGCUACAAGCAGAGACGCUAUGAAGAAUCUGAAGUUCACCGAAGAUUCUGCCGGCAAAUGCCCCCAGGUGACUAUGUAACAAAGCCUGGGGAUGCAGACUCAUUUUACAGUGACAUGCCUCCGGGGGUCAGCACUAACUCCGGCUGCAGCUCCAAGAAGAGGUCAGCCUGCCGUCAGAUUUGCUCCCUGUCCUUCACUCCCUCCAUCCCAUCCAUUUCUCAGAACAUCUCAGUGUUUGGCUUCAGAUCUAAUGGCCUAUCACACUUGAGCGAGAGAAUCCCAGAUGCCAAACACAUCUCUGACAUCUGUGAAAAUGGGCGACCGAGAAGCAACUCAUGGCAAGGAAAUCUGAGUGGGAAUCGUAAGAAACUGAAAGGAAAGAAGUUCCGUGCUCGCUCCAACUCCACAGAGACGCUGUCCCCUGCCAAGUCUCCCACUUCCUCUACAGGAUCUAUUGCAUCCAGCAGGAGAUACCCUUACCCCAUGCCCCCCCUCCCCGAUGACCAGAGGAAACCAACGCAGAGUGCCAGGCUGUGGGAGACAUCGAUAUAA